CCCGGCCCGACUGAGAGCAGCGUGUUUCUUUCGGAGGCUAUUGCUGGGGCACCAGGCUGUCCCGUGUGGAAGCUGCCGCCGCCGCCGCCUGAAGUCGCGCUUCUGGCCGGGUCGGCGCCGGCGCCGCCGCGGAGCAGAGGGGAACAAAACGGCAGAAAUAAUACUGGGGAAAGGCAGAAGACAUAUUGGCCAUGUGAUAUGUUGCACAUUGAAUUCUCAAACCAGACUGCUUAGACUCCCCCCACAUUUCUAUAGCGAAAAGAUCUCGAAAGAAGCCACUUCCUAGCUAGUCACAUAAUGGCCUUUAAACACAUACCACGAAAAGACUGGUAUAGAAUUCUGGGUGCAGAACCAUCAGAGAACCUGACUGAACUGAAACAGAAAUAUCAGAAGUUGGUAUUAUUAUAUCAUCCAGACAAACAGAGCGCAGAUGUGCCAGCAGGAGAAAUGGAGGAGCGUGUGCAGAGGUUCAUCGAAAUUGAUCAAGCGUGGAAAAUUCUAGGGAACGAAGAGACAAAAAAAGAGUAUGACCUACAGCGCCAUGAAGAUGAUCUAAUGCAAACAUGGCCAGUGGAUGCUCAAAUUUAUCUUGAAGACAUGUCCUGGAAUAAGGAUGAAGAAUGUUAUACUCGCUUAUGCCGGUGUGGUGGGAAGUAUACUGUCUCCAGAAAUGAAGCUGAAGAGGUUUCCUUGGUUUGCUGUGACACAUGUUCAUUAAUUAUAGAGAUCCUUCGAUGAAAUAACAGUUGUUCCACUUGCACGUGUUGGUUUCAUUCAGCUGAAUAGUCAGUGGACAGACUCUGUUAGUAAAUGUUUCAGGGAAAAGGUGCGCUAGCACACUGUCAGGGCUGAAAAGGAGUGCUUAAAUCUAUUUUAGGUUUUAACCAGAAGACCUUAAACAAAAGAGCUGUAAGUGGUUCAGUUAAUCAAAUUAGACACAUUUCUGUACUUAAUAGAAUUUGAACUGUCCUGUGAAAA